GCUUUACAGCCUCCACUGUGGUUAGCGAGACACCCGUAAGCCAACGUACAGCUGGAGUUGAUAUCAUGGUGCUGCUUGAAAACGAUUUGUUUCUCACAGAGCUCACGAGGCUGUUCCAGAAGUGCAGAACAUCUGGCAGUGUGGUCAUCACGUUAAAGAAGUAUGACGGGAGGACCAAGCCGGUACCCCGAAAGGGCCGCACGGAUUCAUUUGAACCAGCGGACAACAAAUGUCUCAUCAGAGCUUCUGAGGGCAAGAAGAAAAUCAGCACAGUGGUCAGCACCAAAGAAGUGAUCAAGUUUCAAAUGGCGUACUCCAAUCUCCUGAGAGCUCAUAUGGAUGGACUUAAGAAGAAAGAUAAGAAAAGCAAAAGCAAGACAACCAAAGCCACCCAAUGAGACACGGACUCUAACAUAACCAUGGGGACCUAAACAUAAUAACCAUGGGUCCCUAAACUGGCCUGUACGCUCCUCGGGAACGACAACGGCCUCCACAUGGUCUGUCGCCGCACCCCGCUUUUCGACCCAUUCCCCUGAGGCCUCGGCAUCGCUGCUCAUCCACCUGGUGACUGCUUUGAUAUUGUGCCAUUGUUUGCAUGGUAAUGUCCCACCCCUGGCAGUUCGGUGCCGUUGGAAGUCUGGAACAGACAACCUGAGGAUUUUUCGUAAUCGUACAGGUCGAAUCUCCUUUACUGAAUCUCCUCCAUCUCUGCUCUGUAGCCAGUUGAUCAACAGCUGCGUCAUCUGGAGCCAAAUCCAUGGAGCCCAACCUGCCUUUCAUCCUAUUUAAUUGUUAAAAGUCCAUAUUUAUGUUAUAUUUACAGGUGAGCUGUGCUGCCAUGUUUAAAUCCGACCUUGUCUCAAGAAGAUUUAAUUGGAAGUUUCUCUUUUUUUCUUUUACUAAAUGAAUAAGCAAUGAAUUUACUGCAGACUUGCUUCAAACACAGAGCUAAAAAACAGAGCAGAUUUCAUGUAUUUCUUUUUUUAACCAAUUGUACUGCAUCCAACUUGAUUUUGAAGAUAAAAGUGUACUUUAUUCAAUAAUUAUAUUUUACCUCCUGAGGUACAAUGAAUUUGAGUAUUUUUGUUUCAUACCAAGCAUAAAACCGGCCAUUCUUGAACAUUAACUGAAUGUGUAGUUUCAGUUAAUGUGGGCCAUUUAAGUGUGAAUUCAAUUUCUGAAUCAUGACAUGACAAAAUGUUAAACCUUGAUUUUAUUGAAAGGCAUGUUUAAGUUAUGAUUACAGAGACAAUAUGUUGUAUGUAAUUUCUGUUAAUCCUGAUGGCAAGGCAGGUUCACUACAGCUGGUGUGUGUGUAUAUACAUAUAUGUGUAUAUAUAUGUGUGUGUAUGUAUGUCAGCCAUGUGUAUUAUGCUCCCAGCUCCUGGUCUCAUGGAAGAGGACUGCAGCAGAAAGUUAAAUUGAGAAAUAAAGUGCUCUGCUGAAAGUCA